UUUCAUUCGCGUUACGUUCACCGGCAGUGUCCCAUUCAAGAUGUCGGCGACGUCUAUGUUCCCCAUGUGUGUCCGAGCGAGCAGGGGCCUUCUCAGUCUCAGAAACGGGACCACGGGAGGUUCGGUCGCCGCAGUGACGGACCUGAUUCGGGGGCUGUCCACGGAACGGCCCACCACGGUGGAAGGGAGUUCCACAGGCGGCCUCGCUCAGGCGAUAUUGCAAGAGAGGCUUCAACAGAAGAAUCAGCCCCCUCCAGCAGGUGAUGGAGAGGGUGGUGGUGACCAGGGUGGUGACCAUGGUGACCAGGGUGGGGAUACGAAGCAGAAGGAGAACACAGCGUAUGCCAAGAAGAUAGUCCUGAGGCUGGCUGGGCUAAUGGGACUAGGGGGGGCCGUAGGCAUGGUCUACAUAUUCGGGAGCAAUUCAGUGGACGAGCAAGGAAACAAGAUUCCAGAUGAGUUUGACACUGACCCACAGGUCGUCCAACAGCUGAGGAGAACGUUCAAGUACUUCCAAGACUACAGACAGAUGAUCAUGGAGCCCACUAGCCCAAGGCUGCUGCCAGACCCCCUGAAGGAGCCGUACUACCAGCCCCCCUACACCCUGGUGCUGGAGCUCACAGACGUGCUGCUGCACCCGGAGUGGUCGCUUGCGACCGGCUGGCGUUUUAAGAAGCGUCCGGGCAUCGACUACCUGUUCCAGCAGCUCGCUCCUCUCUACGAGAUCGUCAUCUUCACCGCCGAGACCGGCAUGACGGCAUACCCCCUGAUUGACAGCAUCGACCCCCAGGGCUUUGUCAUGUACCGCCUGUUCAGAGACGCCACACGCUACAUGGAGGGACAUCAUGUCAAGGAUGUGUCGUGUCUAAACAGGGACACCUCCAAGAUUAUCGUGGUGGACUGUAAGAGAGAAGCCUUCAGCCUGCAGCCCUUCAACGGCAUGGCCCUCAAGAAGUGGGAUGGCAACUCGGAGGACCGCACGCUCUACGACCUCGCCGCCUUCCUCAAGACCAUAGCUCUGAGUGGAGUGGAUGACGUCAGAGGAGUUCUAGAAAACUAUGCCCUGGAGGAGGACCCCAUAGAGGCCUUCAAACGCAGACAAGCACAGCUGGCACAGAAAAACUGACUGUCUGUGUUUGUGUGUAUUUGUUUGUCUAUGUUGAUUCUGUGUGUCUUUGUGCGUGUUUGUGUUAAUUGUGGGUGCGUGUGUGUGUAGGAGGAGGAACAGAGGCUAGCAGAGCUAGCUCAACAGAAGAAGCAGGGCAUCUCUUUAGGUUCCAUCGCCGGAAGGUUCUGGCGUUCCAAGCAACAGUGAGUGGUCCCAAUACCCACCAAUCACGGCCCACCUCUCCAACGUGUCCGACCACUGGGACCGCGGCCGCAGUCAUCCGGGUGGGCGGGACCUGCGAGCUUGUCCGGAAGCAUCCAAUCAGAUGGAGCGGAAUGCCAAAACUAUGCCUCGGGGGGCGGGACUGUAGAGGAGCAAACCUAAAUCAUCAUAACCUGUGCACCAAUGAGGAGCAGCUUCCUAGGUCUGGAGGUGGUGGAGGCAGCGCAUUCCCCCUAAUGCUUCUAUUGGUUCUUUGUUGUCACCGGACACAUCCUAAAGGGUGCUGAUUGGUUAAGAGACAUUCAUCAGCUUCGGCUCAUUGGUGGUCCGGAGGCUGACCAGAUAUCAGGGCUUCUUACCUGCAACUCCUGCUCUGAGAUCUGGGUCUCCGUACACAGAGGCGGACUGGGAUCACAUCCUAUCACCUGAUUUCAUGUUUGUACUUCGAAUUAUUAUAUUUUUGUUCUGUUUUGUUCAUGCAAAUGUAAACGAGACUGUGCUGACCCAAGGUUUAGAACUUUAAAAGUAUAAUUAUGGUUGCUAUCGGAUACGUUUCGUUCUGGGAGGCAUGCAACGGCGCUUUUCCGCUCUCCACCAAUGAGAUCGCCGUGGUUUGGACAGGCGCUGGGCUCGGCCAAACAGACGGGUUGUGACUGCGGGACGAGCCGAUGCACAAGGACUGAGUGGUGGACUACAGAUUAUCUCUAAGCCAAUGAGAACCCUGGGAUCUGUCGCUGCAGGGAGGGGGGGGUCGAUGGGUUGUAUAAUCAGCAGAACUGGGAUCUGUGCUCGAGUGCGUGCUUGUUGAAUGUUCUGUGAGAUUAUAUUCAUGUGAAACAUUCAUUCACCAAGUCCCAAAUAAAGGAGAGCAGUCAGUUUACCACGUGCUGAACUGUGUGUGGUUUAUCAUCAUCAAAUAGGGAUCACCUGAACCUUCUCUACAACAAAAUACUUCCCAUGAUGUGGGGUAUUUUGUGGCGUAUAUCUUUGUAGAAGCCGACUCUUUGCUUUGGUACUUGAUCCUCUCCUGUUUAGUGUCUUGGAGAGAUUUUCUUCUCCAUUGUCUGUUUUGAUUAUUGGCUCAAUUAUUUAAACGGAACUAAAUAAAUACCUGGCAAAAAGCCUUCCAAAUUCUAA